AUGAAGCCAUUUACUGGGAUUUCAUCUGUCGAAAAUGGACAUCCAAUUUUAAAAUAUUCGAUGAUAGCCAAACACGUCAACCACGCGAAGCGUAGACCUACUACAACAGCACUACUUUUCAAGACGUGCUCCAAUUCUCCGGUUCCAAUGCCGCAGAAAUGGUCACGCAAUCAUCAAGAAGGACCGGACCCACUACAACUAGUGAGUGGUGAUGACAACAACCAGAAGUAA